CAGAUUAAGAAAUUUAAAGGAAGCUAUUAGUCCUUAACUUUUUUUAUAGCUAUUACUAUUAUGUGGGUGAAUUUUAUUACGUUUUCCAAAUUUAGUAUUAUGUAUUGGAUUAUAUAUUUCAAUAUUAACAUUUUAUUUUAUAUUUCCAAUUUCAUGUCACCUUGAUUUGGAAAAUAUUAAUCCAAAGUGGAGAACAAGAUGAAAUUCCUCUUAGUCGGCCCAAAAAGAAGAAAGUCAAGAAAAACUCAUUAGAACUCUCUGGGCUGUUUACAAUGUACAAGGAUUAUUUGUAUAUUGCCCCCAAGAGUCUGGGUCCUUAUUUUACUGACCUCGGAAGGAUGGAAAGCUAAGUCAAUUUUGGGGGCCGUCAGAAUCAAACUCCAGCUGUGGGCAGAGUUAGCCUGCAAUACUGCAUUCUGACGGCUGCAUUACCAGCAAUAUACACACAACCAGCUAAAGAUGACAUGGGUCAAGUUGCUGUGUCUGAAAGCAAUGAGCCUCUGACUUCUGAAGCACAGGAUGUCCCACCUCAGAAGAAGCGUAGGAAAAAGAAGGUGCCUCUAGAAUCUGAAACAUCAUUUACAGAACAGAAUGGAAAUGACAUGGAUCCUUCACCAGUGGAAGAAACAGUAACUCGUAAACAAUGGAAAAGAGUAAAGAAAGCCCGGCCUGCAGAAAGUUCGGGGGAAUUGUGUGUGGAGGAUGAAGAUAUAAUUGAGGAUGAGCAAGUAAAAGGCACAGAACAACGUUCUGUGUUUUCUGUUCCAACUGGGGUUAGCCAACCUAUUAGCAAAGUAUUUGUUGAAAAAAAUCGGCGUUUUCAGGCCACAGACCGCAAGGAUUUGAUUAAAACUACUGAACAGGUUCAAGUGUUUAUGGAUGUAAAGGCUUCCUGGACUACUAAGGAUGUGGCACUUUCAGUUCAUCGUAGUUUUAGAGUAAUUGGAUUUUUUACUCAUGGCUUUCUCGCUGGCUAUGCUGUGUGGAACAUCAUAGUGAUUUAUGUUCUGGCAGGAAAUCAGUUUUCAACCCUUUCAAACUUGCUACAGCAGUACAGGACUUUGGCAUAUCCUGCUCAAUGCCUCCUUUAUUUUCUACUUACAAUUAGUACCAUUUCAGCUUUUGACAGAAUCGAUUUGGCUAAAGCAGCAGUGGCAGUACGCAGUUUUCUUACAUUGGACCCAGCAGCAAUUGCCUCUUUCAUGUAUUUUGCUGCUCUUAUCUUGUCUCUGAGCCAACAAAUGACAAGUGACAGGAUCAACUUCUACAUGCCACCUUUAGAAAAUGGUAGCCUUUGGAUUUCAGAGGAAGAAAAAGAGGGUAUUCAGCCUUGGAUUGUGAUUAAUCUUGUGAUAGCUAUUCUUGUUGGGAUCUCCUGGUUCUUUUUGUCAUUCCGGCCACAUUUGGAUCAUAGUGAAGAGCUGAUGUUUAAUGGUGAAGUAGAAGAAUAUCCCCUCCCGGACAAAGAAGCUAAAGUGACUUCUUAGUAUAGGCAACUUCUUCAAUUUCAUAAGACGCUUCAGUCAUUUAUACUUGCAUGUAAUAUUUUUUAUACUUUUUAAACAUUUAAUUUGAAUGAAUUUUGUAAUUAUACUAUUUAUAUGUUACAGUAAUACAAAAACAUUUUUCUCAAUCAAGUUAUUUUCUAUGGAUUUUAUGCAACUUUCAGUGAAGAAGAUAAAAAGUAAAAAACAUAUCGUAUUUUUUCAUUCCUGAUUGUCUAUAUUUUGAUAUUCAAAAGUAAUUGAACAUUGUGGAUACCUGUCAGAGGCUAAUUUGUCUUUGAAUAAUUAAAUUCAGAUUUUGAAAAAAAAAUUAACUGCUAAUUUAAUUUAAGAAAUAACUCCUAAUUAAACUUUGUAAAAUUUAUUUCUAUAAACUUAUCAAUUUUUGCUGCUUCAUUGUGUCAUUAAAGUUUCAUGUAUUCACAAAUUCAAACAGUAUUUAAACUCAUGUAGUAUGUAUGUAAUGGUGCACUUAUAUCCACUGUUACAAAAGUGGAUUUGUGCAACAAGAAUUGAUCCUUUUAUUCAUCUAGUAACAUUUUCUUCUUUGUCUUUGCAGAAAUAUCCCUGAAUCCUUUGUAAUAGACGUGUAGGGAGACUACAUCAAGGGGAUAUUUUGAUUCAUUAGCUAUCUUGUUGUUUUGCUAGAACAGUCUGGUGUACCAUGUAAUACAUAUUAGAAAGCUAGUAUUCUGUAUGAGGAUGCUUGUUAGGUAGGUUUUUUUUAGGAUAUAGUGCAUCUAUGUAAAACUAGACAACUUAUGGCCUGUUGGCUUAUCCUUUCAGAGAUAUUUCCUCACCAGAUUCCUCAGUGACUUCAACAGUAAAGUUUUAAUGUACUGCCUUCACUGGAAAAGUUGGAAUAUUUUUUUUUUUAUUAGUCUCUUUAAUUUCUUCCCUAAGUUGAUCCUUCACACCAUGAAUAUUAUUCAUAAUUUCUUUAAAUCGCUCUUCAGAAACUCUAUUCUGUUCCUUUAAUAUAUCUUCUAAAUUAGUUUCAGACCCCCUUCUCGUCAUGGGAGCUUUUGGUGGCUUAGAAGCCAUUUUAAUUUAAGUAAAGUCUCUAAUUAGAAUUAUAAAAUCUCAAAGUCUCAAAAAGUCUCCAAUUAAAGUUGUAAAAUAAAAACUUUCACCUUGCCUCCUAUGGAAAGCUUCUAUUCAGCUAAAAUCCACAGUUAGAUUUUAAAAAUUUAAUGUAUGACUGUUUUGUUUAAGGAACUAUACCUUGUGUUUGCUCCGGGAA